AGCCUGUAAAAAGACUAUGCGGAUCAGUGCAUGUGUUUCGGGCUGUACGUUUGAUAAGAUAUCACACUAUUUUAUCCCCAAAUUAAGACAUUUCAGCUCAUCCCAUUUCAGCAAAUUGUCAUCUGACACCAAACUUACAAUGGGACGGAAAAGGAGACGCAACAGAAUGCAGAAUAACAAAGAGGGAGGCGAUGGAGGAGGCAGUGGUGGAAAAUGGCGUGGUCCUAACAGUGGAAAGGCUGGACUUGGAUAUUCAAAUGUUGUCAUGGAUAACCCUGCCUUUGAGAAUUAUUAUAAGGAGCAGAAUCUUGUCCCUGAGGGAGAGUGGGAUCAGUUCAUGGCUUCCCUCAAGAUACAUCUCCCUGCAACGUUCAGGAUCACAGGAUUCAGAGGUCAAGCCAACCAAGUAUUGAGAUACCUGAAGGGAGAGUGCUUUAAUGAACUGCUCAAGUCUAAUGCAGAAGAGGCUAUUGAAACCAAACCAACAGCGAUACCAUGGUAUCCUGAUGAACUGGCUUGGCAGCUCAAUCUCAGCAGGAAAAACAUCAGAAAAAUGCCAACACUGGAAAAACUUCAUCUCUUUCUCAUCUCAGAAACUGAGAGUGGUAACAUCAGUCGUCAAGAGAUCGUGAGCAUGAUCCCUCCUCUCUUACUCCAAGUCAAACCCCAUCACAAAGUCCUAGACAUGUGCGCUGCUCCCGGGUCUAAGACGGCUCAGCUCAUUGAAAUGCUUCACGCUGAAGAGACUAUGGGUUGGCCAGAGGGUUUUGUGAUCGGCAAUGACAGUGACAACAAGCGUUGUUAUAUCAUGGUUCACCAAGCUAAGAGACUCAACAGCCCAUGCUGCAUGGUCGUUAACCAUGAUGCAUCAGUGUUUCCACGGUUACAGGUUCCAGGACCAAAUGGAGGCAUGACCAACGUCGAGUAUGAUAGGAUACUCUGUGAUGUUCCAUGUGGGGGAGAUGGUACAAUGAGGAAGAACUAUGCCAUUUGGAAGAGAUGGACGCCUCUGAGUGGAUUCAACCUUCAUCCGCUCCAGCGAAGGAUACUUCUUCGAGGGAUAGAGCUUCUAGCAGUUGGUGGACGAUUGGUUUACUCAACCUGCUCCUUUAAUCCCGUCGAGAAUGAAGCCGUUAUUGCUGGUGUCUUGAAGCAAUGUGAAGGAGCUGUGGAGUUAGUUGAUGUAUCUGAUGAACUGCCUGGAUUGAAACGUAUCCCAGGAAAAACAACUUGGAAGGUGAUAGAUGACAAGGGUCAGAUCUUCACAUCAUUAGAGGAGGUCCAAGAGAGAGAAGAUCGGGAGAAAAGAAGAAGAUACAAACCUUCGUUCUUUCCUCCAUCUGAAGAGGAAGCAAAGGAUAUGAAUUUAACCAGAUGUGUUCGCAUCCUACCCCAUCAUCAAGACACAGGAGGCUUUUUUGUUGCUGUUCUUCAGAAGACACGACCACUACCUUGGAUGAAACAAGACAAAACCAAUGACAAAGAAACCUCACAAGAUGAUAUCUCUUUAGAACAAUCUUCUGAAGCAUUGGAUACCAGUGAGGAUAUGUCGUCUGCCGCAGGGGAGACAAAUGAAUCGGAUGUGUCGUCUGCUGCAGGGGAGACAAAUGAAUCGGAUGUGUCGUCUGCUGUUACAGAUGAACCAACAGUGUCCUCAACUAACGACACAAGCCAGGAGAGUACAGAAACUGACAAAUCUGAGAAACCAAAGGAAGCCAGUGGUUCUCAAAUGGGACCUCCAUCCAAGAGGGCAAGGUUUACAAUCUUCAGGGAAGAUCCUUUUGUCUUCUUCAAGGAGGGAGAAGAUGUCUGGCCACCCAUCAAACAUUUCUAUGAUAUGGAAGACUCAUUCCCCAUCACUCAGCUCCUGACCCGGUGUUAUGUGGGCAAGAAACGUAACAUCUACCUCACCAACAAGCUCAUCAAAGGCAUCUUAGAACAUAAUGACAAAAGGCUCAAGGUGAUCAAUUCUGGAGUGCGUGUGUUGGCUAGGAGUGAUGCUCAUGAUGUAGCAUGUGAUUUCAGGUUAUCACAAGAGGGCAUCAACGUGAUAUAUCCUUACAUUAGAGAUAGGAAGGUAACCAUUACAAGGGAAGAUGUGAUCACACUCUUUUCAGAGGAAGCACCCUUCACCAAGAACUUUUCAGAAGGCAUAAGGGAUACGCUGGAAAACACACCUAUGGGAGCAAUGAUUCUAACCUACUAUCCUAAGACAAAGAGUGGAGAGGAGCCGGACUCGCCAAUCAUCCUCGUAGCCUGGAGGGGGAAGACGUCCCUGCGCUCCUACGUUGCCAAGAACGACCGGCAGCACAUCCUACGGAUGGUGGGAGGACCGGUUGAGGCUUACAAGAAACCAUCCCCACCAGUCAGGACUAACGCAGAAGCAGACACCUCCAAUGCCUCUGAAAGGACUGAAGGAAUACCAGAGGACGGAGGUGGGGAUGGUGGUGAUGCGGUCAUGGAGGACGAUGGAGGGAAUGAGGAACAGGGUGAAGAUGCUACGAUGGAAGAUGAUGAUGAUAAGAAGAAAGAGGAAGAGGAGAAGAUUGGAACAGAGUGAUGGAAUAUGAUGUCAGAGGACACAGGUUGUAUAGCUGGAUGAUGGAAGGAAUGAAGAACAAGAUGAAGAUGCUACAAUAGGUUUGGAUGUGGAUGAAAACUAAAAGGAAGAGAAGGAAAUGGAAAUGAGUAGGGGAGUACCAAAUCCAACAGGGCUGCAAGAUAAUUAAGACAAACAGUGAAGAUGACAAGAUGGACAUUUACGUGAAUGGAUAUUGGGAAAUACAUAAAUAUGAGUUGGUGGAUGGAAGCGAGUUUCAAAAAACGAUCAAGACAUUUGAGAGAGCAAUUUAGAAAGGAACAGAUCAUAUAAGAACAUUUUAGAUGAGAUAUAAUUUGGAGACUGGGAUGGAUCAUGGAAGAAUGAAUAGAGAAAAAUGUGGGUCAUGGUCUCAUCGAAAAUAUUAAAUGCUAGAUUUCUGUUUUAUCAGCCAAUCAAAUUCCUUGUUUUUAGUUGCUUUUACAUUAUACAUAAUUUGUAAUAAAUCACAUUUUAGAGCCUCGUUCCGAUUUGGUAAGACAAAACUCAGCAAUAUUUGUUUUAGCGUAUAUUGAAAGACACAUCGCCUUAUGCUCAUCAGCGCGCUCACUGCACACUUCAAGACCCAAAAUUUUAUGAAGUUGCAUGGACAAACUUGUGACAUCACAAUGAUUUCAUUAUGAUGGCAUGAGACAUAUUGACAUCAAAAGAAAUUUAUUGUGUUGACAUGAGAUAUGUUGACAUUGUAAAAAAAAUUAUUAUAAUGUCACUAGUUUGUUCACAAAACCUGCGCAACUUUUGAGGAAUCUGAUUGGACAACAGCUUUUUGUUACCCUUUUGCAAAAAUAAAUGUUCUAAAGGCAGAUUUUUUAUUUUUAGUUUUUGUUUAUGUAUUUAUUCAUUAUUUUUGGGGGGAAGGGACUGGUCAGUCAAUGAGGUGAGUGCACAGAAUGUUUUGCUGAACUUUCUCACACAGUUUAAAUCAGGCUCAAUCAAACAGGUCCAUGUGAUGAAAUCUGAAUCCCUAAGAAAUUGAAUCAUCAAGAGUUUAAGGUUCAAAGACUGGUACAAUGAGGAAUUCCAAUGCAUACCAAAGUAAACAAUCUCAGUAUGGUCAGGGGCCUUGUUUCAUUUCACUUGUUAUGAAUACUUGACAUCUGUGGGAAAUCUGAUAUUUUGUGCAUUUGUUCAUCUUUCGUACCAAUAAAGCAAUUACAAUUCUUUUA